UUACCAUGGACAAAACGGCGUUUCUCAUCACAGCUCUUGUUGCUAUCUCCGCGGCCACAGUCGUGCUCUGGCUGCUGAAGCGUCGUCGCAGGCACAAGUUGUUCAAAGAUCUCGGAAUCCCAGGGCCGAAACCGGACUUCUUGUGGGGAAACUUGAAGCAAAUGGACCACAGACGCAUUGAGGCUCUCGUGCAGUGGAAAAAGGAACAUGGAAAUCUAUUCGGCGUCUACGUCGGGAGCGAACCUUUCUUGGUCAUCACAGACCCACAGAUGUCGCACGAGUGCCUUGUCAAGCAAGCCGCUAUAUUUCAGGACAGACCGACAUCUUUCGUGGAUGCGGAGCCUUUCAAAAGCAGCCUCUUUCAACUUGGUGGUAGCAAGUGGAAGAACGUGAGGACGGCGUUGAACUACGCUUUCAGUUCAAAAAGGAUAAAGGAUCUCUACGCAGUAGCAGACUUUAGUGCCACUAGAUUUGUGGAGAAGAUAGCUUCGAUAAGCAUGAGGAGCGGACACGUUGAAGUGUUCGAUCGUGCAUUGGACUUUGUUUUCGACUUCAUCAUGAACACGGUACUGGCACAAAAGGUGAAAUCUCAGGAGGGCUGCAACGAGCCUAUCCUGGAGUCUCUGAAGCAAGUCACUAAGGACCUGGGAAACUCAGCCAUCGAAGUGGCAUUUACGGUACCCGUCAUACGGGCUGCCCUUACGCUGAUAUAUCCAUUCACAAAGCAUGCUAAAGCGUUCAAAAACAUUAUGAGCAAUGUGCAACACAUAAUCGAAUUACGCCGUUCCGGAGAACUCCCGAAAGAACCCAGCGUGCUUCAGACGCUUCUGGGCACAGAAGCCCUCGAUGUAGCUCAAAAGAAACGUAGCAGGCUCAACAAAUACUUGAACGACCAGGACAUAUCGUCCAAUGCGGCAAUAUUUCUGUUGGCUGGCACAGAGGCUACGGCUUCCGCGCUUUCUUUUCUGAUGUAUCUCUUGGCAAGACACCCAAGUGAGCAGGAAAAAGUAUUCAAGGAGAUGGAAGAGAUUUUUCCUUCUGAAGAAGGAAUCAAGCUUAACUUCUACGAGCUGCAUCGGCUAAAAAGAAUCGACAUGGUGAUCUACGAAGGACUUCGCCUCUACCCGCCUGUCCCACUGUAUCUGAUAAGGCGUUGCUGUCUGGACACGACUGCUUGUGGGCAGCGCAUUCCAGCUGGUGUCAAUGUGAUGGUUACACCAUGGCUCAUCCAUCAUGACCCUGAAGUUUGGCCGGAGCCUGAGAAGUUCCUCCCAGACAGAUUUGCCGAAGAAAAUAAUGAAAGUCGCCAGAAUGGGACCUACAUGCCUUUCGGAAUGGGACCCAGAGUGUGUGUAGGUCAGGAGUUAGGGUUCCUGGCGGUGAAGUCAGCUCUCGUUAAGGUUGUUCGAGAUUUUAGGAUAACCUUGUGCGAUGAGGCCGCCGGGCCGCCAACGUUAUCGGUUCCUAGCGUAAUACUCGUACCUGGAGGAGGAGUGAGGGUCAGGCUGGAGCCCAGGACACCAACAGCGUCGAGUGAGCGGUGCAAGAAUGGCAAUCGUAUGUUCAUGGCAGCUUAAGUCUGUGAGAGAGUCAAUAAGUAAUUCAGGAAGUAAAUCAGCCUGUAUAUCACGCA